UUUUACUUCUUAUUCAGUGUUUGAGGAAGUCAGAGAGUCAGAGAGGCUCUCAGGCAGAAAAUGAUGGAACUUAUCUACUUUUUAUUUGUGUUAUUUUAAUCCCGCGUGGUUUUAUAUAUGUAUAAAUGUAUUUUUAGGAUUAAUUCGCUACAUGGACGGUUGUCUGUAAACCGAACUUAUACGGAUAGUGAUUAAUUUUGUUUUACGACCCGUAUUAGGGGUUUAGGAUUGAUUAGGAUUUUGGCGGAAUGUGGGUGGGUUUUCAACGCCUGACAUGGCGCCUGUUCAGGAGUGUUUAAUUUCAGCUCCUGGGAAAUGCAUCCUGCACGGAGAGCAUGCUGUAGUGCACGGGAAGGUUGCGUUGGCUGUGAGCUUGAACCUGCGCACGUAUCUGCGGCUGCAGGUCACGUCUACAGCUGAAGUGUCCAUCAGUCUGCCCAACAUCGACACGUUCCUGAGCUGGGACGUCAGUGUGCUGAAACCGCUUCUGUCUCACUGUAAAGGUGAGUGUAGGAGCUCUACAGAGCUGGACACGGAGCUCGUGAGGAAGCUGAGGGAAUUUACAGCCAUCGCUGAUGGAUCCACAGACACCAGGAGCAUGGCAGUGCUGGCCUUCCUCUACACCUACCUGUGUGUGUUCGCCCACUCCGAUGUGUGUGUGUUUAACCCCAGAGUCCUGCCCAGUCUGAAGGUGUGUGUGUGGUCUGAGCUGCCUACAGGAGCAGGUUUGGGCUCCAGCGCUGCGUACAGUGUGUGUGUCUCUGCUGCUCUGCUCGCCGCCAGAGGAACCAUCAGCUCUCCUCUCACACAGAGCCAGGAGACAGCCAGGUGGAGUGAACAGGAACUGGAGCUGAUCAAUAACUGGGCGUUUCAGGGUGAAAAGAUCAUACAUGGCAACCCGUCAGGAGUAGACAACGCUGUGGGAACGUGGGGGGGCUUUCUGCGGUACCAUGCUGGGAAAAUUACGCCACUGAGCAGAGUGCCCACACUGAGGAUACUUCUCACCAACACUAAAGUACCACGCAGUACCAAACUCCUUGUUUCCCGAGUGAAGGACAGAAUUAACCAGUACCCGUCUGUGAUGGCACCCGUGCUGGAGUCAGUGGAUGCUGUGUCACAAAUCUGUGAGCGCACACUUGCUGAGAUGGCUACAGAGGGAGCUUCAGCCAAACACUACAGCACGCUGGAGGAUUUAAUAGACAUCAACCAGCACCACCUGAACGUGAUGGGCGUCGGUCACACGUCUCUGAACACGCUGUGCCAGGUCACACUCACCCACGGCCUUCACAGCAAACUGACUGGAGCGGGGGGAGGAGGCUGCGCCAUCACACUGCUCACGCCAGAGACAGACGAGUCCGUGGUGCGAGACGUGGUGGAGGAGCUGAAGCAGGUCGGAUUUGACUGCUGGGAGACGAGUAUCGGAGCGCCGGGUGUCCUGAUGCACUCGCCCACCUCACUGACACACAACGUCCUCGACAUCCUCACCAAAUACUGACGAUCUACUGAACACACACACACACACACUACAGAAGAACAUUAUAGCUAUACUAACAGUAUUAUAUAUGUUACCUGUGAUUACAGCACUGAUGAAGAACAGAGUGGACACACAUUUCACCACUAUAGAUAAGAUACAAAAAUGACAUCAUCCUACUUGCUUUAGCUUGAUUUAGCUUGCUAGCUGUGUUUUUAGAUAAACAUCAUAGCUAGCUGGAUAGCUAAUACAGUGUGGGAUCUCUUACUUAUUUAAACUAACUUUAAAUUUCAAAAUAAAUAAGAUCAUUGGUUUAUCCUGACUGAAUGCGGUUGUUUAUUAUUAUUAUUAUUAUUAUUAUUAUUAUUAUUAUUAUUAUUAUUAUGUAUCAUUUGGGAAUAUCAACAGCCAGUAGCGAUUAGCAAGUUAGCCUGAAAGACAGUAGGAAAGGGGCAUUUUGUAAGUAUUGAGAUUAAAAUUACCAGCUGAAGAUAUGAGUGCUAUGCAAAAGUAUUAUGCACAAUAAAUGUAAAUCUGAAAUGUGAUUAAAUGUUAUAAGAAAAUAAUUAACAUGUAUAUUUAUAAACCCUAUUCAACUCAAACAAAAGAAAAUAGUUAACAUGUAUAUUUAAAAAACCUAAUCGACUAAAAAGAAUUGCUAUUAAAACAACUACUGUUAUAUGUAAAUAUCUUACCCUUAACAAAUGCAUUAUUAAUAAGCAUUUUUAAUGCAUAAUUAGCAUAAGAGAGAUUUGACCAUAAAUAUCAUGUUGUGGAUUAUUUUCCUAUAACGGCACGUCUUGUCCCAUUUUAUUCUUUUAUUAAA